AUGAACACAGCUGUGAAGAACUUUGUCAGACAGUGUGAAACUUGUCGAACCUUUGAGAUCUCCCAGCAGAAGGAAACACUCCACCCACAUGAGGUACCUGACCGGCCAUGGUCCAAGGUUGGUGUUGAUCUGUUUGAGACAAACAACCGACAUUACCUCGUGACCGUAGAUUACCACAGCAACUACUGGGAAGUCGAUAGGUUGGAGUCCAGUACAACAUCUAAAGCUGUUAUUUACAAAUUGAAGCAACACUUUGCAAGGCAUGGCAUCCCGAACACUGUGUUUUCCGACAAUGGCCCACAGUUUGAUUCGGACGAAUUCAGGAGAUUUGCUCGAGAUUGGGAAUUCAAUCAUUUAACCUCAAGUCCCGGACAUUCGCAGUCCAAUGGUAUGGCGGAAAGCGCAGUCAAGACUGUGAAAAGGCUUAUUAAGAAGGCUAACAAAGAUGGAACAGAUCCUUGGCUCGCGAUCCUCGACCACCGAAACACACCCUCAGAAGGCAUGAAAAGCAGUCCAGCACAACGACUAAUGAGUCGUCGAACAAGGACCCUACUCCCAACAAGCGAGAAGCUCCUUAAACCCAAACUCGCCGAAAAUGUCCAAGAAGGAAAAUGGAAGACAAGAACCAAGCAGGCAUUUUACUACAAUAGAAACACUCGAGAUUUGCCACCACUGAAAACUGGAGACUCAGUGCGCAUUCAGCCCACAAGCAACCCCAAGGCGCCCUGGAAGAAAGCCACUGUUCAGGAACAGGUGAACAUGCGAUCCUACAAAGUCCUCACAGAAGAUGGCUCUGCCCUUAGACGAAAUAGAAGGCAUCUGAAAGCAACUACAAAAGAGUCUCACACGCCAACAACCCAGAUGCCCAAGCAGACAGAACUUCCCUCGCCAUCUAAACACAUUGAACAAGAAACUAACGCCAGUGGUCACUCCAGCUCAGAAGUAGCGAAGCCACAGGAGCCAGCGAUCGAGCAGCCUGCGACUGAUCUAGCAUCGCAAGCUUCCAAAGGCAACCAGACUCGCAGUGGUCGAAUAACGAAGCCCCCGUCCUAUCUGAAAGACUUUGUUCGUUAA